AUGGCAGAUUUCCCUGAAGGUUAUUUUUACAUCCAGUCUCGCAAUUCUGGAAAGGUUGUGGAUGUCGACGGAGCCUCUAUAAAAAACGACGGUAAAAUAUUAAUAUGGUCACCAAAACAUGAUAAUGAUCGAGACAACCAACUCUGGUACUAUCAGGAAGGAUUCAUUAUCAACAAGCAUUCAGGAAAAUGUUUGGAUGUCAGAGGAGGACCAAUUGUAGACCAUGCUUUGAUCUGUCAAUAUGACCGUAAGCUAGUUGCUGAUGCCCAGAAUCAGCAAUGGGGAUAUAGGGAUGGUUAUAUAUACGUUCUGUCAGAGCCCCACAUGGUAUUGGAUGUUAAAGGGAAUUAUCAGACGGAUGGAACACGACUAGUUCUAUCCCACAAAAAGUUUGCUCUUGACAAUGCAAACGUCAACCAGCUGUGGGAUCUUGUACCAGCGGGAAACGUUCGAGCAGAGAGAGAAGUUCUGUUUGAAGCCGAUUUUGACUAA